AUGGCCUUACGGGACACAGCAGGAGUCCCUCCCCUACUCCAAGGCUAUAGCAUCGUCGAAUGGCCUGACCUUACCUGCGACCGACAUCCUUCGCCGACACCAUACACCAGCACGCAACCGUUGUCAUCUUUCAAUGUUCAGUCCCGAGGAAGCCUGCUUCUUGCAGCCAUAUCCCGAAUGCUGGGUGCUUAUUGUGGCGCCUCUGACAUUCUGUUGGCUGUCCAAGUACCGAACAAACGCGACUACGUCUUCGUCCGUGUAAACUGGUCUGACAACGAGACCUGGCAAGAGGUCGCCGCCCGGACUGCAUCCCAGACUCGCAAAACGAAGAGCAAGCUUUUGGUGGGCGACAUUCGGCGUGCAUUCGAACUUCCGGAUAAGCAAAAUCCUUGCCCAGUUUUAGUGCGAUUCACACCCUCGGAAGAACCGAGUUACUUUUCCGACUUCCCGGCAGUAUUCAUCUUCGACGCGAAGAAGUCCAGUUUGACGCUAUCAGCACCGAAAAGUCUCCUACACCCCUCUAUCAACGACCAACUUUUGUCCCAAAUUAUCUCCCUUUAUCAUCAUGCGGGGGCCAACCCAAAGACACCGGUCUCUUCCAAUCCGACUUUCCCAUCGCACUUGACGUCAGUUUACGACCGACUCCCAGAGGAAGACAUUUCAAAUGCAUAUCCGCAUAUCCCGCUCGUCAAAUUUGCCACAGAGUAUCUUGAACGACGCGCGAAAACGAACCCGCACGACAUCGCUGUGCGAUGGUUUCCCGAACUUUCAAUUGACGAUUCAAAUCUCCCUUCUGAGACUUCGACGUAUGAAGAGCUUGACCGGAAGGCGUCUCAGCUUGGGCGAUGGCUAGUGACACGCGGGCUUGCUCCAGAAGAUCGUGUGGCUGUCUGUCUAAGUCGCGACCUUAUCUUCCACGCAGCCUUCUUUGGCAUCAUGCGUGCAGGUGGUUGUUAUGUUCCUAUCGACCCCGAGCUUCCAGAUGAGAGGAAAGCUUAUAUUGCGCGGGACUCUGGAGCCAAAUUUGUCCUUACUACUUCGGAAUUAUCCUCCCAAGAUUUGUUCGGCUCGAGCACUAUCUACGUCGAUGAACCUGAAGUCGCUAAUGCCAUUGAUGAACAAGACGGCGGUACCUUUAACAUUGCCACACCAGAAGGCCUCGGGUACAUGUUGUAUACCUCAGGUACCACCGGGAACCCCAAGGGCUGUCUCCUUACGAAUCACGGUCUUGCUCAAGCCAUUAUCGCAUUGAGCAGCACAGCGGCGGACGUUCGGAUGAAAGAUAUCAGAGAAGGGCGUUAUCUGGCAGUUGCUUCCAUUGCCUUCGAUGUGCACCUUGCCGAAACCAUUGUUCCGAUGGCUCUGGGCAUGCCGUUACUGAGCGCUCCUCGAUCCCAAUUGCUCGAGAAUCUCCCGCAAUACGUCAAGUUGCUCGGGAUCACCCACUUAGGGAUUGUCCCAAGCUUGAUCGAGGCAACGUUGAACGCUUCCAAAGACAACGAAGGGGGACUGGCUUUGCGGUACAUUGCCAGUGGAGGUGAAAAAAUGAGCGACUCAAUCCUCGACAAGUGGGCGAACCAUCCUCAAGUCCGUCUCGCCAACUUCUAUGGCCCCAGUGAGGUCACCAUCGGCUGUUGUGCCCGGUACAUGGACUCGAACACUCCGCGCGCCAACAUAGGCAGACCUCUUGCCAAUGUAUCAGGAUAUGUUGUUGACGCCGACCUCAACAUCCUUCCUCGUGGAGGCGUUGGAGAGUUGGUAGUGGAAGGACCGUUAGUUGGCCGAGGGUACCAUGGGCGACCGGACUUGACGGAGAAGGUAUUUUUGGAAUGGCCAGAGAAAGGCCGUUGGGCCUAUCGCACGGGCGAUUUAGUUCGCAUGAUGCCCGACUCAACCCUUGAAAUCCUGGGACGCAUCGACACCCAGAUCAAGGUUCGCGGCGUUCGCAUCGAAUCAGAAGGAAUUUCUGCCAUUGUGCGCAAAGCGGAAGUACCGUCUGCAGACAUGGUUCUCGACGCCACGACUGUCCUUGCAAAGCAUCCGGCGCUAGGAAGUGAGCAACUGGUGUCCUUUGUUACCUGGGAUUCGACCGUCCCAGUGUCCACUCGGAAAUCGUUGCGACCCAGUCUCUCUAUUCCACCACGGGGCUUUCUCAAGUCCAUUCGGUCGAUUUGUAAUAAGGAGCUUGCAAGUUACAUGCGACCCAACCACGUCAUUCCAUUGAACUGGCUGCCCCUCAGCUCCAACGGCAAAACGGACACAAAAAUCUUGGUGGAGCUCUUCAAGAACCUCGACAUCGCCCAGCUGGCUUCACUCAUCUCCUCAGAAGACGAUGUAUCAGUAUCGAGGGAUUGCACGCCCCUUGAGGCCGAGGUUUUCGAGAUCGUCCAACGCCACGCUCCUUCUUAUGCCCAGCGUCCUCACCCAGAGCUCAACAUCUUCGAGUGCGGGCUUGAUUCGAUGGGAGUCAUCAGAUUUGCAGCAGAUCUCAAGUUGACCUUCGGCAAGGCGAUUCCAGCGACAGAGAUCAUGAAGAAGCCGGCCUUGCAGGAUAUUGCGCAACUAGUGCAUGUCUCUACCAUGAACCACUCGUUGGUCGGUACUCCUCUCCCAACUAUUGACGCGGCGACACACAAGCAUCUAUCAUCAAUAUAUUCCAAUGACAUCGAGGACAUCCUUCCACCGUUCCCAGUUCAAGAAGGAGUGUUGGCCCGUUCGGUCGAGGACACAAGCCUAUAUGUGCAACACGUUAUCCUCCAUCUGGACUCUGGGACAUCCAUGUCGCAACUGCAAAGGUCUUGGGAAUCGGUUAUCGCUGCCCAUCCUAUCCUCAGGACUGUAUUCUACGUUGAUCGCUCCGUCUGGCAGGUCGUUUUCAAAUCUUUCAAUCUUCCCAACUCUUGGUCGGAUCGAAGUUUGUCCGUGAAAACCGUGGAAGAGUUCAGAGCGCGCUUCUAUUCCCGUUUCGCUGGUGAAAUUACCAAGGACAUAAACCGAAACCUUUCCUCGAUCCCACCUUUCCGACUUGCUUAUUUCAGGUGCACCGGCUUCAAUGUCCUCGUGUUGUCUAUCCAUCAUGCCUUGUACGAUGGAACCUCCCUUCCGGUUCUACUGAGAGACGUCGAGAACAGCUACCUUGGCCUGGAACGUGUUCAGAAGGCCUCCCUGCGCGCUAUAUUGGCGGAGAUCUCCAAACAUGACCUCGCACUGGCACAGCAAUUCUGGAGAGAUUCUUUCCGCGAGUUCGAGUGGCCUCGCCCCGCUUUCAGGCAGGGCUCGAACGCCUUGGCCUCUUCCGUCAAAUAUCUAUCCGUUCAUUUCACUCAAAAGCUCUCCGUCAUCAGAGAGGUCGCCAACAAAAAACAAGUCACUCUUCAAGCCCUUCUGUCGUUCACCUUCGCCUAUUUGAUCGGGUCGCGUCUUUACGACUCCAACGAUGUUGCUUUUGGGGUCAUCCGGUCAGGCCGUAUGCUUCCUGUUGACAAUGUCGACGUCGCACUUUGUCCUACAAUCACGGUAUUGCCCAUGCGGGUCAGGCUCGGCGACGCCAAUUCGACCCUAGUCAAUAUUCAGAACGGGAUCUCAACUAUGACCGAACAUGAGCAUGUUCCUCUGGGCAAAGUGCAGAAUUGGCUCCGUCCUGGUGAACCGCUUUUCGAAGUGCUUUUCUCGGUCUCCGUCCAACAGCAGGAAGAAAGCAAAAUCUGGCGCCCGUGUGACUAUGAGCCCCCCGCAGCCGAUUACGCCCUUUCCGUAGAAGCAGUGGUCAAUGUUCAUGAUGACACUUUGAUCGUCCGUGCUGCUUGGCUGGACGGUCUGAUCACUCAAGACCAUGUCGCAGAUCUUUUGCACGGAUUUGAGAAAGUCACGCUUACAUUAGACAAGGGCGAAGAACUGCCGCUUCCCAGUCGCCGUUCACCGGAACCAGUUCGCAAGGUCAAUGACGACGAAGAUCCUUCUGCUCAAGUCCUUCUCGACCCAGUCGUCGUCGCCGACCUUCAACAAACCAUCUGCGACUUUUUGGAAAUUCCUACAGCCAUUCUAACGAACCGCGUGUCGUUCAUCUCUCUUGGCCUCGACUCGAUCAAGGCAGUCGGAUUGGCGAAGCGUAUCCGCGCAUUGGGCUACGACGUCAGUUCGACUGAAAUCCUUCGGGCGUCGACUCUGAAGCGCUUGGCUCGGGUUGUCAGCAACAACAAGCAGAAGAAGGAAGAACCAUACGAACAUUACGCUCAGCUUGUCCGACAAGUAGAAGGGUACAUCUCGAAGUCCGAGGUGCAACUCUCGCCGGAGGACGAAGUGAAAAUCAUCCCUUCCACGGCGUUACAAUCAGGAAUGCUUUCACAGACUGUCGGAUCGGAUGGUCGUCUGUAUGUCCAUGCAUUCCCCUUGACCUUAUCCCCGGGUGUCGACGUGCAACGCCUGAAGUCGGCUUGGGAAGCUGCAGCAGAGAAGAUUGACAUUCUGCGGACCUCUUUCCACUUCAUUCCAGACAACGGAACAUGGGUUCAAGUCAUUCACUCGUUCAACGAGUUGAAAUGGUCUAUCCAGAAUCUCGAGGGUUUCGUCAAUGUCACCUCCGCUGUGAAAUCAUUCGUCGAGAGCAUUGAAUGCACGGACGAAUUUGCCUUCUCCACACCACCCUUUUGGCUUCGCGUUUUCACGCCCCUUAAGGGACCCUCCGUGCUCGCAUUGGUGAUGCACCAUGCACUCUACGACGGGGGUUCCGUAAAUUCUUUGCUCGACGUCGUACAACGCAUCUAUCGCGGCGAGUCAAUCUCGUACCCCGUCCAGUUUGCCGAUCUACUUCCCGACUUCUUCCGUCAAGAGCUGCAGAACCUCGAACGCACCCUCCUUCCCCUUCACUCGCUCCCGAGCUCUGACCCCUACCACAUUUCGAUCCGACAAGUUGAAGUCAAAGAUGUCGAUCUGAAGAGGCUUCUGACAGAGACGGAGGUCACACUGCAAUGCCUUCUUCAAGGGGCAUUGGCACAAUCUCUCGCUAUACUGACUCGAUCUGCGGACGUCGUCUUCGGCAACGUUGUAUCUGGCAGAGUUGGACGUGGAACCGAAGAGGUGGUCGGACCCAUCUUGAACACUAUUCCUUGUCGGGUUCACAUCUCAGACCAUGAUUCAGUCGACGCCCUGCUUCAGUCCAUUCAUCGCUUCAAUAUGGAGGCGGCGUCAUGGCAACAAGCGUCGUUGAGGUCAAUCCAGAAGGCACUCAUGGUGGACAGAAUUUGGGACUGCUUAUUCACAUUCCAGCCUUUGGCCCCUCCUCCCCAAGCCGCCAUCUGGAGUCUCGAUAUCGAGGAACACGAAGACAUCCAUAUACAGUAUCCACUCCAUGUAGAGAUCGAGCAGAACAAAGAUGGCUUCUCGGUGCGUUGUGCCUGCCAAUCCAACGUCUUGGACAAAGCAGGUCUCUUAAAUUUCAUGGACACUCUAUCCAAUACGGUUCAGCAAUUUGUCGCCAAUCCCAAAGAACGCAUUGGUCGUACCUUCUCUGUCCCAUCACCUUCCAACACGGAUCCUACUCCCACCACCGUGGUCGCUCCAGCACCAGCGACGGUUCAAGCGGGAAUCAUUCACCCAGUUCUGUUGUCAGCGAUCCGCGACUUCGCCCCUGACGCGGAAGUAACCUUCGACACUCCUCUCCCAGCCUUGGGUAUCGAUUCCAUAACUGCCAUCCAGAUAUCUGGAAAGUGCAGGCGAUCUGGCCUUCGUCUGACUGCAACCCAGAUCUUGAACUCCAGCACUGUGAAGGAUCUGGUUUUGCAAGCCACCGAGAUCAAGGCGACCGCCAAGUCGACACAGGUCUCUGAUGGAGUCUUCAAACCCCUCUCCAGCGAGGAGAAGGACAGCAUCGCGCGCCGGUUCGCAGACGACGCCAAAUACAUCGAGAACAUCUCGGUCACCACAGCUGGCAUGAAAUGGGCCAUUGGUGGUUGGCAACGGACGAACGGAUCUCUGUUCCAGUACCUCUUUACCUUCAAGCUCCCGGACGACGUCGAUCACGCAAGGUUCAAAAACGCCUGGCAUAUGUUUAUCCGGCGCCAUGAACUAAUGCGGUCCACCUUUGCCACUGCCCCAGGUGGCACCGAACCUCGAAUCGUGACCUUCUCCAAGGACUUCAAGUUUGAUCACUGGGCUGAAAUAGUGGUCGACGACGCUGUCUUCUAUCGGCGUCUCCUCGGGAAGAUGAAGGAGAUGGUUUCUGACCCUGUCCCGAUUUCCCGCCCCCCUGUUCGAGCGGCUCUUUUCCGGUCGGACAAGCAGUCCUAUUUCAUCUUCCAUAUUCACCACUUCCAAUACGAUGCAUGGAGCAUGCAAGUCCUUCUGAACGAUCUCUCCUCUAUCUAUUACGAUCAAGAACCUUGGGCCGUUACCGAUCUCCGGGCAUUCACGUCUCUUUUCGAUCCCAACGAAGAGCGCCUUAGCGUACAACGGAGGUUCUGGGAGAAGGCACUGUCUCCAUCGUUCAAACCUUCGCUCCUCCCUUCAUUGUUGAACGAGGUACAAGGGCCUUUAGCCACCCCAACAGGACAGCCUCAGUUAAUCAUGGUUCCGGGGGCUUUGACGAAUGUCUCCCGGUACGAAGAGCAGGCGAGAAAACUGGGGGUCACUUUGCAGACGGUCUUGCUCGCCGCUUGGGCGCAGGUCCAGGCCAACCGCUCCCGCACCUCGGCCUCGACGUUCGGAGUUUGGCAAGUCAGUCGUUCCGGGCACAUCGACGGCAUCGAGCGUCUUGCGGUUCCUUGUGUCAACGUGCUCCCUAUUCAUGUGAAGGUGGGAGGGUCGCUGGUGGAGGUCACGAAGCGCAUCCAAGUUGAUCUCUCGGAGAGGCUGUCACAGCCAGUUAUCGAGCAUAGCGACCUGGUCAAUAUUUCCAAGUGGACUGGAAUGUCGGGAGAGACCCCCAUUUUCAAUGUCAAUGUCAACGUCGUCAAGCUCCCUGUUACGCUCAAGCGCGAUGGUUUGGUGGAACCUGUCAAGGCUCCGUAUUACAUUCCAAGGAUCGCGGUCCCAACAGUGACACCCACUCUGGACCGGCUGGCAGUCUCCCCUCUUUGCCAGAACGACGUGGUGGUGGACAUCAUUGUUUACGAAGAGUCGGAUUCUAUCUUGAUGUCCAUUGAAGCUGUGGAUAACAUCAUGACUGAAGGCCAGGCGAAGGACAUCAUCCAAGAAUGGGCUUCCGUUGUUUCGACCACCCUUUCGUACAAGGAUUAG